AUGUUUGGGCAUCCUUGGCAGCCAUGGCUGCGCCCUCCUGGGCCGAUUGCGGCGGGUGUCAUCAACCCGGCGCCGCCGGGACACCCGACUUACCAUGAUCCUCGCAUUCGGUGGGGCCGGGCUUCUAGUUGCGAACGCUGGACGUCGAGAGCAUCGCUACCGGCGCCGAACUCCGUCGGUCACCUCUGUGGACCCCCGCGGACGCAUAUGCCCGCAAGUCUGGUCGCACCGCCAGCUUUUGCGAAGCCUGCAUUUCUGUCUCGCCCUCAAGAUCCGCGGCAGCAGCCUGGUCCGGAACGCCCGGAAGUUCGAAGGCGAGCUUCGGAGAGUUCUCUGCGACCGGGAAUCCCGGGCCACUUUGCUUCGGAGCUGCGACCGCGUUCCGAAGUCUCUGCAGCCCUGGACCUGCUUUCUGCUUGUUCCUUGAGACCGAGCUCCCUACCGCCAGCACCAGCGAAAUCGGCCUCCACGAUGGUAAGAUGCCAAACGCUCAGCACUGAAGCUCGCAGCGAGCCGGUGCAUCCUGCACCACAGGAGCAGUCGACUGCCAUGGCGUCUCCACAGUCAUUGAAGUCAACCGCAAGUUCUAGUCCGCGGCACUCACCAUGCUUGCCGUUUGCCGGCUCCUUCGUCUUGCGCCAAAAUGCGGUGGCCGCUGAGGUCCCAAGCAGCUCACGCCCAGGCGGUAAUGAGGCAGCAGAUGGCUCGGCGAGGCCGUCGCGGCCACAGCAGAAGCAAGAGAUGCGUAGAUUAGCAGAAGAUGCUGGCAGAUGUGCGAAGGACGAUGUGACAUCGGUCUCGCCUGCCAGGCCAGAAUUCCACACCGAUGACACCGCAUUUUCACCGGUGCGGAUGAGUCCACCGAUAUCAUGUUUGCCAUGUUCCCCUGGUGAGUCCCAGGAUUGGUCCGUCCUUCAGGUGUGCCGAACUGAUGCUGGCACGCAGACUGCCACGUCUGAACGGCAGCGGUCAGAUGACGGUCGACUUCGUGAUGAUACAGCCACGGGAGCCCUGGAAGAUGAAGUGCUGUGGUUCAGGAGCAGAAAUUUGCCUGCCUGUAUUAGUGCCCUUGCAAUACAGGAGGAGGCCCCCGCAAAUCAGUCACAGUCACAUUGCUUGCGAAAGCUUGAAGUGCGUGUGGCUUCGUGCUGGCGACAAACCACCGGCCACGGGUCAAGCCUCAAAGGCAGCGAGCACAGCAGCUUGCAGUUGUCGUCAACACAAUCGCCUACCUCUACUUCUGCCAGGGAGAACAUAGGAAGUGAAGGAAGCGCCACCGAUCGCUGUCGCUUGCAGCACACGCCCACCGACUCCUUCUCAUCUGUUUCUUCCCCACUGGACAGCAUGAGCCUCUUGAAGGAUCUGGAGAUGCCAAGUCCACAGUGGGUCCGGGAACAGAAGGACGAUUUUUCCAGACUACCGGUUCAAGACCUUCAGAGAAGGGCAGAGGCUUUGACACAGAAGCUGCAGCACAGAGAACAUCAAUGCAUGGUGCUGCGAGAAGCAUUGGACGCCUGCAACAAUCGCUUUAAACAUGCGCUGCGGCCAGAGAUGGCAGGCACCGGCCAGAAGCGCACGAGAGCAUGA